UGCUGCUACAAUUUACUCUAAUGACGAAUUAAUUGCAAGUUAUGGUGAUUAUGCUGAUCAACUUCUAAAUUUUUUUGUUGUGGAAUUUAGUGCACUUUAUGGGAAAGAAAACUUGUCUUACAAUGUCCACGGUUUACUACAUGUAUACGAAGACGUGAAGAUGUUCGGCAACAUCAAUAAUUAUAGUGCCUUUAGUUUUGAAAAUCAUCUUGGGAUUUUAAAACGAUUAACAAAAAGUGGAUUUUCUCCUCUCUCUCAAAUUUGUGGGAGAAUUUCAGAAAGGGAAUCCAGUUCGCCAUCACACAUUCAGCGACAAGAGUUGAAACAUAUUCAUAGCACCGGUCCACUAAUUCAUGGGUAUGGUUCCCCACAGUACAAAACAUUUGUGAAUGGAAAUUUUAUAUUAAAAAUUAACAAACGUGAUCAGUUUGUACAAAUGAGAACUGGUGAACUGGUGAAGGUGAGAAAUUUUGCCACUGAUCUGGAGAGCGGGGAGGUUUGGAUCAUUGGUCACGCUUGCCUGAAAACUGCUCCACUUUACACUUCACCGUGCAACUCUGAAUUACUGGGAAUUUUUACGUUUCCCAAAUUUGGACCGUUGAAAAAGUUUCCGCUCUCUGAUAUUUCACGUAAAUAUUUGGUUCUACCGAAAACUGUUGGGAUAUUCGCUGCCCUCCCCUCGUCCACUGUUAGUCAAAAUGGUCUUCUCGGUGGUCCAUUUUCCUGAAACGGAUGAGGUGGAAGUGACCCCGGACAUUUGGCUGGAUCGAGAAGAAGAGGGACGACUAAAAUGUUGGUGGCCUCCUUACAAAAAUUCAGACAAGGUGAAGACAGCAGUUAAAAAUCAGUCGCCAGUGAAUUUGGAAACUUGGAAUAUUUAUAAUGCUAGGAUUCUAAGGUGUUUUGCAACAUACGCAGCAGCACGUGAACACUUAUCAACAGCAGCAUGGACGUCAAACUUGGAAUCUGAGGUUGAAGAAAAUGACGAAGGAAGUAGGCGCAGUGCGCGCCCUCGAGCGCUGAACAUCGAGUAUGAAGAAAGUUUGUCUGGGAGCAGCGGAGAGCUAUCAUCAUUCUCAAAACCUGCAGCGAAAGAUAAGAUGAAGGCGAAUUUCCCGCCACCGCCCGUAAUAUUUACAAAUCGGAGCAACGAGUCAAGCUUGGCCUUAACAAAUCCUGGAUUUGUAUUGGCACCGGGCUCAGGUACUCUUAGUCGAUUGGAUGACCACAAUAAAUCGAAUGAAUCGAGAUGUUCAGGUAAAUUGAGUGUUACUUUAAGGAUCUGUGGGUUGAUGUUGUUGAAGAAGUAAUAAAUAUUUCCUUGUACAUAUUAUGCAGGUCACGCAGAUAA